GGACACUAUCAAGCUUUUGAUUUUUACAUUAAUUCCAUCCACAACUAUAUUAUCUGAUGGCUCAGCAGCGCCGUGCAAGUUGUUGUUCAAUGGAUUACGGAGUGUUGCAGACUGUAAUAAACAAAAGAAAAUCACUUCUGACCCCAUUAUGAACAUAGCAUUUUAUUAUUAUCGACAUUUGUGUGGAACACCACAGCCUGCAACACAAAGAUUUGGCUUAUUUCAAUAAGUAAUAAACUAGUUGUUGUUGUUUUUAUUUAAUUUAUCUACCAACCUGUACUCUAAUAAUACAACAAUGUCUUUUUUAAUUUAAAUCUCAAGAUAUACGUAACUCUACAUGAGCUGAGUUCUUAAAUGAUGUAAAACAGCACUCAAAAGGGUUUUGAGAGAGAGACAAAAGAGGACACACAACAAGUAGCCACUCUCUCAUCUCACCCAUCUCUUUACACACAUCAAGUAGCCACACUCUCUCUACUUCUCGCUGUUUUCUCCACUUUCUCUUCUCCUUCUUUCUCUACAGAUCUCUUUCUCUAUCUUCACUACUUUUCUUUCUAGAGGACAACUGUGACAUUUUGUCUGAACGCAUCUAUGGCUGCUCUGGUUCUUUCACUUCUCCUUCUAGCCAUGGCUGGCCAUUCUAGUGCCUCAUGGUGUGUGUGUAAAACAGGGCUGAGUGAUACAGUGCUACAGAGCACACUAGACUAUGCCUGUGGCAAUGGAGCAGACUGUAACCCCACUCACCCAAAAGCACCUUGCUUUGACCCUGACAAUGUUAGGUCUCACUGCAACUAUGCAGUCAAUAGCUUCUUCCAAAAGAAGCACCAAGCUCCAGGCACUUGUGAUUUUAGUGGCACUGCCACUCCAACUAACUCUGAUCCAAGUUACUCAGGAUGCACCUUCCCUACUAGUGCCAGUGGCUCCGGUGGCAGCACCACUGUGACACCAGGCACAACCAAUCCAAAAGGCGGCAGCACCACACUUCCUGGUGGCAAUGGCAACAGUCCUUUUUCAGGAACCUCCUCAACCAAUGGAGUUUUUGGAAACAAUAGCACUGGGAUUAACCCGGACUACACGACAGAGAGCAGCGCGUUUGCUCUCAGGAACUCAAGCACAUUUCUCACCUACCUUCUCUUGAUCGCUUUGAGUGGAUUCUGUUCUUUCAUGAUGCUCUAAGAAUGUUAACUUUCUCUGGUUUUGUUGGUGAACUUAUUGUCUCAAAGGACAUUGAGUCUAGCUUAGUGGUAAUCGCUGUCUGGCUGUUUUGAGUCUCUCUAGCUAUGUUAUGUUCUUGUUGUAAGAAGAUUUCAGCUCAUGCUUUCACUCUUACUCUCUCAAACUGUUUCUGGUAGAUUUGAUCGUAGUGAAGAAAUUUAUAUAUAAAAUGAUCUUAUCUCA